GGUGAUAUUAGAGAUUACGAUUCUGUCCUGAAGAGCUCUGCUGGUAUGGAUUGUGUUUACCACAUCGCUUCAUUUGGAAUGAGUGGCAAAGAUCAGUUGUAUAAAGAUCUUACAGAAGCCAUCAAUGUUGACGGGACAAGGAAUGUUAUAAAAGCUUGUCAAAUGAAUAAUGUACAGAGAUUAAUUUAUACAAGCUCGUAUAAUGUUGUAUUGGAAGGAAACCCAAUUAUAGGAGGAGAUGAAACUCUUCCUUAUGCUGAUCCGAAUAAGAUUGUGGAUUAUUACUCAAAAUCCAAACUCAAAGCAGACAAAUUAAUCUUGGAAGCAAACAACACCGAACUAAACGAUGGCAGGCAAUUAAAGACAUGUUGUCUAAGACCGGCUGGUAUAUAUGGACCAGGAGAACGACGACAUAUGCAGCGUAUAGCAAAGUUUAUCGACUGGGGGAUAAUUAUUCUUCGUAUUGGAGACGCUGUGGUGGAUUGGACUCAUGUAAACAAUCUCAUACAAGCUCAUUUACUCGCAAUACCAGGACUGAGUAAAACAAGUGGCUAUGUUGCUGCUGGAAAAGCUUACUUUAUAUCCGACAACCGUCCUCUGCGAGUGUUUGAAUUCCUACGACCAUUGUUCAAUGGUUUAGGACAAGAAGUUCCCCAAUACAAGUGUCCUUACACCAUCGUAUACAUACUUGCCAUCUUAAUGGAGAUGCUUCAUUAUAUCUUGAAGCCAGUGCUUGUUAUUGAACCUCUUCUUACAAGAAAUGAAAUAAUGAAGAUGGGAAUUGACCACCAUCAUAAGAUGGACCAAGCCAUCAAUGAUCUUGGAUACAAACCCAUGUUUUACGACUUUGCUGACACAGUAGCUUUGUAUUUAAAGGAAAGAGGUUCAGUUUCAGAAAAAUCGAAAAUCGCGUUCCACCCAUUGUGGACGAGUGUCUUGUUCACAAUUGUGACUGUGAUUAUAACAAUUAGCCUCUGUCUGUAAUAAUUAGUACUUAAGAUCUCCCCCUACCUCUAUCACAAUAGGGGAUUUCCCAUUUGAAUGUUCCGAUUAAGUUGCAAGUUUUUCAAAAAGUACUCUGUAAUUUUAAACUUUUCUAUAAAUUAUUUUGAAACAAAUUAUUUUUCGCAACAAUUUUUACCGACAGCAAGAUUGUGUUUUGUCACAAUCCUGUGUUUUGUCUUCUCAUUAUGAUGUCACUAUGACGGAGUGAGCGUUUACCUAUUAUGACGUCAUAUACCUGACUGAGCUGGCUAUUAAAGAUUGUAUGCAUUCAAAAUUUUUUUACGAAACUAUUUCUUAGCACAUUUUAUUGAAAUUAUUUGCAUGAUAAAACCUCCUUAAUAACUGAUAGAAAGUAUGAAGUUAUUUCAGGAGGUUAUUUUAAAAUUUUUCUAAACCACAUUGCACGCCAUUUAAAUUAUUACCCAGUUUUUACUUUUAAAACUUUUUGAUAAGUUCUGAUAAUAAAUACAGUAUGGUGGGGAAUGCUGGGACACUUUUUCAUUCCAUUUUCUCGUCUCAUUUGGUAGAAAACAAAGAACAUUCAAAGAAUUUUAAAACCGCAUCCUUACGGCUCCUAUAUUGUUAAUUGUUUAAAACUUGAUCAGGAUAAUUGGACAUUAUGUGCUAAAAGUGCCCCAUCUCCCCCCACAGUCCUAUACAUACCACAUUCUGUACAAGAAGUUAUUUAUAAAGUCCAAAAUUUCAAAAUAUUUUCAACUUACUGCAAUACGCAUUCUUUCAAAACCUAAUUAUUUAUUUUUCAUAUCUGAACACUCCUGCGUAUUAAAUAUAAUUGCGUAUGAAUAUGACCAUUUACCUGUGAAUCGUUUCGCAAUAUUUUUUACCAUGGUUUUUGCUUCAAUAUGCUUAUAUUCCAUACAUUGUAUUAUUUACUUGUUGUUAUGAAAACCUGAAGCACUUGUGAUGUAAUAAUGCAGCUUAUGACGGUCGAGCAACAUAAAUAAAAUAAAGAACUUUUGAACCUGA